AUGAGACCUAUUCUCCUCUCGGGCCACGAGCGUGCGCUCACCCAGAUCAAGUACGUCCCGCCAAGUGAGGGGCGACGGGAACUCGAACAGCUUUUGGCGUGCCUACGGUCGAAAUUGUUAAAUUUCUUCCAAUUACUUCCAGCUGCCACCUUACCGUAUAACCUCGACGGCGAUCUCCUCUUCUCCGUCUCCAAGGACCAGGCCAUUUGCGCCUGGUUCGCGCACAACGGCGAGCGUCUGGGCACAUACAACGGCCACGUCGGCGCCAUCUGGACCGUCGACGUCGACCCCACCUCGUCCAUGAUUGCCUCGGGCUCGGCCGACAACACCAUCCGCCUGUGGAACGUCAAGACGGGCAAGUGCCUCAAGGUCUGGGAGUUCCCCACGGCCGUCAAGCGCGUCGAGUUCAACGAGGACGGCACCAAGCUGCUGGGCGUCACCGAGAAGCGCAUGGGCUACCUCUCCAACAUCAUCACCUUUGACAUCAACCCCGAUGUCGACGCCGAGCAGACCGACGAGCGCUCCCUCACCAUUGUCUGCGACGAGAGCAAGGCCACCGUCGCCGGCUGGAGCGCCCUCACAAAGUACAUCAUCGCCUGCCACGAGGACGGCAGCGUCUCCCAGUACGACGCCAAGUCGGGCGACCUCCUCGUCAACUACCCCAUCCACGAGCUCAACCAGCCCAUUGCCGACAUGCAGUGGGCCGCCGACCGCUCGUACUUUAUCACCGCCGGCAAGGACAAGUCUGCCAAGCUCAUCUCGGCUCGCGACCUUGAAGUCCUGAAGAACUACCCCGCCGAUACCCCCAUCAACAGCGCCACCAUCACCCGCAAGAAGGACUUUGUCAUUCUCGGCGGUGGCCAGGCCGCCAUGGAUGUCACCACCACCUCGGCCCGCCAGGGCAAGUUCGAAGCCCGCUUCUACCACAAGAUCUUUGAGGACGAGGUCGGCCGUGUCCGCGGCCACUUCGGCCCCCUCAACACCGUCGCCGCCGACCCUACCGGCCGGAGCUACGCCAGCGGUGCCGAGGACGGCUACGUCCGCAUCCACCACUUUGACAAGGGCUACUUUGACUUCUCCUACGAGGUCGAGAGAGAACGCGCCAACAGACUGCAGCAGUAA